ACAGCAAGCAGCGAGGAGCGCUCGCCGAGCGGCCGGUCGGUGGGUCCCGCGCCCGGCACGCCCGCACGCCCGGCCCGACCCGGCCCGCAGCGAUCAUGGGCGCGGCGGCCGUGCGCUGGCACUUGUGCGUGCUGCUCGCCCUGGGCACGCGCGGGCGGCUGGCGGGGGGCAGCGGGCUCCCAGGGCCCGUGGAGGUCGACGAGUGCUCAGAGGGAACAGAUGACUGCCACAUCGAUGCCAUCUGCCAGGACACACCCAAGUCCUACAAAUGCCUCUGCAAACCAGGCUACAAGGGGGAAGGCAGGCAGUGUGAAGACAUUGACGAGUGUGAGAAUGACUACUACAAUGGGGGCUGCGUCCACGAGUGCAUCAACAUCCCGGGGAACUACAGGUGCACCUGCUUUGAUGGUUUCAUGCUGGCACAUGACGGACACAACUGCCUAGAUGUGGAUGAGUGUCAGGACAACAAUGGUGGCUGCCAGCAGAUCUGUGUCAAUGCCAUGGGGAGCUAUGAGUGUCAGUGCCACAGUGGCUUUUUCCUUAGUGACAACCAGCACACCUGCAUCCACCGCUCCAAUGAGGGUAUGAACUGCAUGAACAAAGACCAUGGCUGUGCCCACAUCUGCCGGGAGACGCCCAAAGGUGGGGUGGCCUGUGACUGCAGGCCCGGCUUUGACCUUGCCCAAAACCAGAAGGACUGCACACUAACCUGUAACUAUGGAAACGGAGGCUGCCAGCACAGCUGUGAGGAUACGGACACGGGCCCCAUGUGUGGCUGCCACCAGAAGUACGCCCUCCACUCAGACGGUCGGACGUGCAUCGAGAAGGAUGAGGCUGCAAUUGAGCGCUCUCAGUUCAAUGCCACGUCAGUAGCUGAUGUGGACAAGCGGGUGAAACGGCGGCUACUCAUGGAGACGUGUGCAGUCAAUAACGGAGGCUGUGACCGAACGUGCAAGGACACAGCCACUGGCGUGCGAUGCAGCUGCCCUGUUGGAUUCACACUGCAGCCAGAUGGGAAGACGUGCAAAGACAUCAACGAGUGCCUGGUCAACCACGGAGGCUGUGACCACUUCUGCCGCGACACAGUGGGCAGUUUUGAGUGUGGCUGCCGCAAGGGCUACAAGCUGCUGACAGAUGAGCGGACGUGCCAAGACAUUGACGAGUGCUCCUUCGAGCGGACGUGCGAUCACAUCUGCAUCAACUCCCCGGGCAGCUUCCAGUGCCUGUGCCACCAUGGCUACACACUCUACGGGAUGACCCACUGCGGAGAUGUGGACGAGUGCAGCAUGAACAAGGGCAGCUGCGACCAGGGCUGCAUCAACACCAAGGGCAGCUAUGAAUGCGUGUGCCCCCCUGGGAGUCGGCUCCACUGGAACAGGAAGGAUUGUGUGGAGACAGGCAGAUGCCUUUCUCGAGCCCAGGCCUCGGCCCAGGCCCAUCUGUCCUGCAGCAGGGUGGGCAGCGUGGAGAACUGCCUCCUUUCCUGCCCAGCCCACACCCUCUUCAGACCAGACUCGGAGAAUAGCUACGUCCUGAGCUGUGGUCUUCCAGGUCUCCAGGGCAAGAUGCUCCCGAAACGCAACAGCACCAGCUCUGGCACCGGGCCCGGCUGCUCAGAUGCUCCCAGCACCCCAAUCAAGCAGAAGGCCCGCUUCAAGAUCAGAGACGCCAAGUGCCACCUCCGGCCCCGCAGCCGGGAGCGAGCAAAGGAGACCCCGAGGCAACCACUGCUGGAAAACUGCCUUGUGACGUUCCUGACUCUCAAGUGUGACUCCUCCAAGAAGAGGCGCCGCGGCCGCAAGUCCCCAUCCAAGGAGGUGUCCCAUGUCACAGCAGAGUUUGAGGUGGAGAUAAAGAUGGAAGAGGCCUCAGACACCUGCGAAGCGGACUGCAUGCGGAAGCGAGCGGAGCAGAGCCUGCAGGCCGCCAUCAAGACCCUGCGCAAGUCUAUCAACCGGCAGCAGUUCUACGUGCACAUCUCAGGCACUGAGUACGAGGUGGCCCAGCGCUCAGCCAAGGCCCUGGAGGGGCUGGGGACCUGCGGCACAGGCCAGGUGCUCCAGGACAGCAAAUGUGUGACCUGUGGGCCUGGCACCUACUUCAGUGGUGAACAGGGCCAGUGUGUGCCCUGCGUGUCAGGGACCUACCAGGACCUGGAAGGCCAGCUGAGCUGCACACCGUGUCCCAGCAGCGACGGGCUUGGUCUGGCUGGUGCCCACAACGUAUCUGAAUGUGGAGGCCAGUGCUCACCAGGCUUCUUCUCAGUGGAUGGCUUCCAGCCCUGCCAGGCCUGCCCCGUGGGCACGUACCAGCCUGAGCCUGGGCGCACCAGCUGCUUCCCCUGUGGAGGGGGGCUACUCACCAAGCUCGAGGGCGCUGCCUCCUUCCAGGACUGUGAGGCCAAAGUGCACUGCUCCCCUGGCCACCACUACAACACUACCACGCACCGGUGCAUCCGCUGUCCCGUGGGCACCUACCAGCCUGAGUUUGGCCAGAACCACUGCAUUACCUGUCCAGGCAACACCAGCACUGACUUCGAUGGCUCCACCAAUGUCACACACUGCAAAAACCAGCACUGCGGUGGUGAGCUGGGUGACUACACGGGCUACAUCGAGUCCCCCAACUACCCUGGAGACUACCCGGCCAAUGCUGAGUGUGUGUGGCACAUCGCACCGCCCCCCAAGCGCAGGAUCCUCAUUGUGGUCCCCGAGAUCUUCCUACCCAUCGAGGAUGAGUGCGGUGAUGUCCUGGUCAUGCGGAAGAGUGCCUCCCCCACGUCCAUCACCACCUACGAGACCUGCCAGACCUACGAGAGGCCCAUCGCCUUCACCUCCCGCUCCCGGAAGCUCUGGAUCCAGUUCAGAUCCAACGAAGGCAACAGUGGCAAAGGGUUCCAAGUGCCCUAUGUCACCUACGAUGAGGACUACCAGCAGCUGAUAGAAGACAUUGUUCGCGACGGGCGGCUGUACGCCUCAGAGAACCACCAGGAAAUUUUGAAAGACAAGAAGCUGGUCAAGGCCCUCUUCGACGUCCUGGCACACCCCCAGAACUACUUCAAGUACACGGCCCAGGAGUCCAAGGAGAUGUUCCCCCGGUCCUUCAUCAGACUGCUGCGUUCCAAAGUGUCCCGGUUUCUGCGGCCCUACAAAUAAGGCUCAGAGCCGUGCUGGGGAUGGCCGGGAGCCAGAGGGGAAGGACAGCCCCUUCCCUCUGUGGCGGGGGCUGAAGGGCAGCUCCGUGGCCUCCUCGUUGCCCAGGAGCCCAAGACGCGUGCACUUCAGGCAGGCUGCCAGCCCCUGGAGGGCCAAGGCCGAGCUGGCCCCUGUGGGACACUGCUUCUGAAGCCCUUUGCCUUCGCCUCUCAUCCCCAGACACCAGCAGCGCUUCUCCUGAGCCGGCUCUGGCCGACGCUGCCUGGGCCAGGGCCGGCCAUGGGAAGCAAAGAGCUGUGCCUCUGCCUGAUGCUGUGGGAGAGCGGAGAGUGGCGCUCUUCCCCAGAGCUCUGCAAGGCUUGGCCACUGUCACCCACAGGAAGCCAGGCCAGGGAAGGAAGGCACGUGGAGGCACCGUCUCCGAGGUGACAAGCCUGUCAGCAUGUGCAGGGCUGCCACCUGCCACUCUGCAGCCAAGGCACAGGACACAGUGCUGUGUCACUGGGCUCCAAGGACUCUGUGACGGAUGGAACAGAGCUGCUAGGGCAGGAAGCUGGAGGUCUGUGCUUUCCCUGAAUAGAACAGCUAAUAAGUACUAUAUAUAUAUGUAUAAAUAUAAAUAUAAAAUAUAUAUAUAUAUAUAUAUAUAUACUUCUACUUGUGGGUACUUUAGGGAAGUUCUCUUUAGCAGCUAUAAACACUCAGUGGCGUCACUGUCCCCGCAGCACUUGCCCCUCUGUGUGGGAGGUGGGAGCCAGGGCUGGCACAGCACGGGCCUCCUAGACACGCUCGUGAAUAUGAACCUAGGAAACUGGGCUCUGAUGCUGUGUUAGAGGGCUGGCCCUCUCCCAGUCCCUUCACAGUGACCUCACUGCCCUUGACAGGACACAGUUGAGGGCAGCCUCCUCUUGGACCGCUGCAGGGGGCAGCUAGCUUCCAGCCAUAAACUUAGGAAGGGGCCUGUAGCCAUGACGUUGGGGUCCAAACUGUACCUGCAGGCCACCAGGAAACAAGACCAUCCUGCCCUGAGGCCUGUCCAAGAGCCGUGGCCCACUCCUGACUUCGGGGAGGAACACAAAGGCCCAGGGAAGCCACAGGUGACCCGAGGCAGAGGCAGCCUGGGGUUGCAAGGCCUGGCUUCAGUGCAGCUCCCACCGUGGGCCUGCUGCCUCCCUCUCAGAGUCUCUCCUCAAGGCUGCAUUAUGUCCUACCUGCCAAGAAACGGGAGCCAGCUGAGACCUCCAGCACCCAGGGUCUGCGAGGCCUCGCCCACACGUCACACUGCCUGCUGCCAGCAAUAGGACAAGCAGAGGAAGUGUUCUGUAUUUUUCAGGUUAACAAAUAUUAAAAUUCCCAGGAACAUGGAAGAAUCGUAAGAUGAACUCCAACCACCGAUGCCAAGUGCCCUUAGGUCUCUGGUCCCCAGCCUGGCCUGGCGGGUAAGAGGUGAGCAGUUGGAGAAACACACAACACAGGACUAUGGACACACAGGCCAGCGAGCAAAGUCUCAAGAUCCGAGGCUGCUGACGGGAAGCCAGGGCAGGCACAUUCUCCAGUCCAAAGCCAGGCUUGGAGCGCAGGCGCACGUCGGCGCCACGACCCCCACUGCAGAGCUGCGUCUCCAACUGGGCUGACUCUGCGGGCAGUGCCAUCUCUCAAGUCAGCCCCGAUUUGUGGAGAGAGGCAGGUGGACUGACCAGCCCUGCUGGGCACUGCACCACCCCUGGCUGGUCCCUGUCCCUGCAGGCCAGUCUUGGUUUCCAGAAGGAAGCCUCCCUCCCUUUGUCAGGCCAUCAGUCACCCCCAGAAAUGAGAGACAGCCGCCCUAGACACAGGGAGUGGUCUGUCCUCGUUAUUGGGGUUCUCUAGGGAAAUGGACAUAUUAGAGGGGACAAGUUACAGGAAUUGUCUGACAGAUAUGGAGGCCUAGAAGGUCCACGUAGAACUCUCUGCAAGCCAGAGAGCCAAGAGAGCCUGCAGCGGAAUGCAGACUGAGCACAAACCUCGAAGCUGUGGGCAGCUGCAAGCCUGGAGUCCAAGGCCCCAGAGCCAGAAGCACCAGUGUUAGGGACCAAAGGAGAUGGACACCCAGCUCCAAGAGAGCCAGUUUGCCCUCCAUCCACUUCUUUGUCCUGUUGGGCUCCUUGGACCAUCAGAAAAUGCCACCCACACUGGGCAGGGCCUGAUCCACUCAGCUUACUGAUGCACGGGCUCCUCUUCCCCGGAAACAGCCUGGCAGGCCACAGAGAGCACUUCCGGUUACCUGGGACUUGCCCUAGCAGACAGACCGACACACACCAUCAACCAUUGCACUUCUCAAAGCGUUCCCCCCUUUAAUUCUCAAAAACCAGGGAGGAAAAGCAAGAGCCCUCAGCUCCCCUGAGUUCUUCCUGCAGCUGCAAAGUCAAUUCUGGCAGCUGCCACUCACAUGCCCACUAGGCCACCCCCAUCUCAUGUUCCAUGGCUCUCACUGCCCAGAGUCCCCAGGGUGAGCAGGACAGGGCAGGGGCAAUGCAGGCCCCUCUUCCUUCUCUCACCGUCAAGCCCGUUUUUAGCUCUCGUCCCCUAAAGAGGAGAACCAGGUAGUCAGCCCUAGCUUACCAGCGGCUCUCAGGCCACCACCCUGCCCUCCCUGUAACACUGCUGCCCCUCACCAUCGGGAUGUCCUGAAGUCCAGGUUGGGUCUGCCCUGACUCCACACUGGCCCCACACAGGAACUCUGGGCCGCAGCUGUUACACCCAAAGCCAGCCGAGGUCCUCAGGCCCUGGUAUUCCCAGGGAGACCUUCCAGGAGGCCGGGCACAUCUCCUCGAGCUCACGUGCUGCGCCCGCGAUAGCUGGGCUGCCGCGUGGUGACAUUGCACUUGCUUCACGGUGGAGGUACAGGGGAAACAUGGGCACCAGGACUGGGCCCAGGCAGGGCAGAUGUAUGUGCUGAGGCCUGAAGGACGGAAGCCCAGGGCAGGAGUGCCGGAGGCUCCCACGCUGUCAAGGAGAAGCCAGCGCGGCCCAUUCCUGGACUCUGGCCUUGAGCGGCCUCUGACCCUGCAUCACUGGCCACUUAGUGAAUUCCCAACAGCCACGCUGCGCCCUGUGCUCCCACGGAACAGGACCCAGGAACAGCUUCCAGAAGCAAAAGCCCUUCCACUUGGUGAUGACUGAAAGGGAGACCUGGCUCCUCCAGUUUCCUCCGAGCUUUACUCAGCGCCUGGCAAACCUCAGUGAGGAUGUGAGUGGAAAACCAAGAUGUUCCCUGCCCGGGCUCCCCAGGAGGUGGUCAGGUGGGACCCAGGAGUUGGGGCGCCCCUUUCAGUCCUGGCUUCUCCUUGCACUCAGCUUCAGAGAAAUGUGCUGAGGAAGGGAAAGAAAUCUGUGUGACCCUCCAUCAGGGGGUGUCGUGGGAAUGACCAGGGGUGCCUGCAGGGAGGGGGCCUUGUCCGCUGCCCAUAAUUAGACCGCUUCUUGUCCCAGGUCUUCUCUUCUCUGCACCAGAGCCUGGCAGCCACAGUGGGCUUCCCCUGCCUCAGCUUUGGGCUGCAUCCCCUCUUAAGGGGCAAAGUCAGCCGUGCCCCUCGCCCCACUCCCCUCACCCAACACAGGGCACACUGGCCCGUGGUGAGGACAACUUUCUCAAACUCCGGCCCCUGCAAGAACAGCUUUCCAGCAACCCCAUCCUACACACACCCAGGCUGCAGAGCCCAAGCCGGAGGACUUGGUCAGAGCUCCCUCCUGCCGUCCAUCGGCUUCAGACAUGCAGAUAAAGUAGAACUGAAAUAUGGGCCAGAAAGUCCUGGGCCAAGGAGGCCAGGUUUGAAAGCCUUAAGAGGGACCCUGCUGGCGUCACCUCUGACGGGCAGUUUCCCACGUGAACCGCGUUGGUGCUUCUCGGAGCUGCAGCCCACCUGGGCUUUUCCAGGGAAGGAAGCCCAGACUAUUGGAGCUGCAGCACCAGGGGGUGUUCAGUGACCCUUGGGGACACAAGUGUUACUCCAGUGUCUCCACCUUCCCCGCAGAAACAAGGCACGAAUGGGCUGGGUCCUUUGGCAGGCUCUUGCGGGGCACCUGCCGUGUGCUGGGCUCCUAGAAAGACAGGGAACCACACAGACGCAGAGCCGCAGCCUGCCCAGGACAUCUCUACCCUGCAGUCACCACUGACCUCGCCUGGCACAGCCCAGCCCAGGAAGACCGGUGCCUUUCUUUCCCCCAGGGGCCCCAGAUACUUUACCUCCUCCGUUCCCUGCCUGGAAAGUCUGACCAGCCUGGCAAACUCCUUUUUAUAGCAAGGCCCCUUAGCUUCACCAAAGACACCAAGGUGGCAGCACAGCCCUUCCAAACAAGGUGGCAAUACCCAAAUGCGGUCAUUCAGAGCAAAGGCCAGAGGACUUGACGUGAGUGGGAAAUGCCCGUGGGACACUCAAGACACAGCAAGCAGGCUCCCCUGCCCCUGCGGCGCCCACGGACUGCCAGCCCCUCCAGGAGUGAGUCCCGAGAGAGCCCAGCUGACUCGGGCUCAGCAUGCGCCCCUCCCAGCACCCUGCUCAGGCAGCCCCCGUGGAGUGGACCCUUGCUCCCCCACAGCCCCUGGUGCCAGCGUGCAGCUCCUGAGCGAGUCCUUUGAAAUCAUCUGUACUCCCCAGUUUCAACCGGAAGAAGUGACGGAGGCGCCGUAAACGUCCACUCAGGGCCUCCUGCCUACAGGUGCUGAGCCCAACGCUGUUCCUUCCACAGGGACCGUCCCUUCAGCCCUUCAAGGCAGGCUGGGCUCGACCUGUUCCUCAGGUGGGACGCCAGGACUCUGGGAGACCAAGGGACACCCCCAAGAUGAGUCAGAUUUUCAUGCAGUGGGGGUCAAACCCACGCCCGCGGAAGCCAGGCCUGUCAGGUGCAGGAAAUGCCUCUGCGGCAUGACGCUGAGCGCAAGUUCACCAACUGGAGCCUCGGCGGGGUCAGUCUGGCAGUGGGAUAGGGGACAUGAGGGUCGAGGUGCACAGGCAGGCGGUGGCUCGACCUGGGUUCCCUCCUUCUUACCAAGCACUGAGCACUCUUCAGAGGCGAGGGGACAGGCACUCACCAUGCAGAUACCCUGGCCUCUCGGGAGGUGGUGGCAGGCCCGGAGGUCCCCAGGCGGCUGAAGAGAGCACCGCCGUGCCCAGCAGGGCCAGAGGACACCUGCCGGGAAGGCCGGACACCGAGCACCUGGGCCGCAGCACUCUACGGACAGCCACGGAAGCUGCCCUCUGUGCUCACCUUCCCCCUGGGCUUCUGUGAAAGUGCCGUGCCGGACAGGCACUUGGCAGUGAUCCAUCCGCCUGUGAGGGUGACAAGUGCCAUUGCAGCCAGUGUCCUUCAGUUGCCUCAGAUACUCAAAGUUAUUUUCUCCACCACGUUCCCCCACAUGCAUGUAAUUAAAUGUUUGUGAAAAUCGCUUUAUA